AUGUCUCCAUCAACUGUGAUGGCUGCAGUUGACAUGUCUGAUUUACUCUCUUGCCUCAGCGCGCAUCGUCUGGGGGUCUUCUUUGCGCUCGCGCUUGUCCUGCGUGUGAUUUACAGAAGGUACUGGACGCCGAUUCGAGAUAUCCCAGGGCCGUUCUUUGCGUCGUUUGGGAGUCUCUGGAAGGUGUAUCAUGUGGUGAAGGGCCAUACUGAGGAGGAAAUCAUCAAACUUCACAAGAAACAUGGCUACUUUGUUCGCAUCUCGGAGAAUGAAGUCAGCGUCUCUCACCCAGAUGCCGUCAAGCAGCUCCUCCACGCAAACAUUCCAAAGGGCUCAUUCUACUCCAUGUUCAGCCUGCCCGACUACCACUACAUAAACCAAAUGUCCGAGCUGGACCCCGUGCGCCACAUCCAGAAAACCCGCAACCUCUCCGCCGGCUUCUCGCUCUCCAACAUCGCAAAGACAGAGCCCUACAUCGACAACGUCCUGCAACUCUUCAUGACGCGCCUCGACCAACUCAGCACAAAUGGCACCCCCGUCGAGUUCCAAGACUGGUUCAGCUUCUUCGCCUUCGAUGUCCUCGGCGAAGUCACCUUUUCCAAAUCCUUCGGCUUCGUCCACUCGGGCAUCGAUAUCCGCAACGCGAUUGCGAAUACGGGGUUACUCGUGUACUAUAUCGCGCUGAUGGGCAACUACAUCUGGUUCCACUAUCUCACGCUAGGGAACCCGCUCUUCUCGCGGCUCGGCCUGCAGCCGAACUCGCAUAUCUUCGACACGUGUCUGUUGGCCGUCGACGAUCGGAAGAAGAACCCCGAGGUCCGGCACGAUAUGAUGCAGCGCUGGAUGGAUAUCCGAGCUGCGCACCCUGAGCGGCUCUCGGAGCAGGAUAUCUUUGGCGCGGCGGUUGCGAAUAUUGGGGCCGGGGCUGAGACGAUUAGUUCAACUGCGCAGGCGGUUAUUUACUAUCUGCUUAAGAAUCCGGAGUAUCUGCGGCGGGUCCGGGAGGAGAUUGAUGAUGCGCAAAAGGCGGGGAAGCUGUCGAGGGUUGUGCAGUAUAGCGAGGCGGCGAGGUUGCCGUUUUUGCAGGCUUGCUUGAAAGAAGCAUACCGCUUCCACCCCGGUGUCUGUCACAACCUGCCGCGCGUGGUGCCCAAGGGCGGAAUCACCAUUGCCGGACGAUAUUUCCCUGCAGGCGUAACCCUGAGCGUGCACCCGUGGGUCAUCCAUCGCACACCCUCGAUCUUUGGCGCAGACUGCGAGACGUACAACCCCACUCGCUGGCUCAACGGCGACACGAAGGCUAUGGAUGCGUUUAUGAUUCACUGGGGCGCCGGCUACAACAUGUGUCCCGGGCGAAAUCUCGCGCAGUUCGAGCUUUCCAAGGUUCUUACGACCGUGCUGCGCGACUACGACAUUGAGCAGAUUGAUUCAAAGAAGGAGUGGAGGUUUGAGACGCGGUUCCUGGCUGUGCCGUACGGGUGGCCAUGUCGGAUUCGGAAGAGAGAGGGGCAGGGGGUUUGA